AUGACCCUUUUAUCGGAGGACCAGUCUGUGAGGCCCCAGCCUUAGCUCCCGGAGCCUGGCAAACACAUCAGCACUUCUCUGUACCCAACAGACUACACUUGCUCCAAAGAGAACUACAUGGACAGUGGGGAUAGCACCGUGUUCGGAGCCGUGGAGCCCCCCAGGCGCUCGCGAGGCCGCCUAAUCCUCCAUGCAAUGGUCAUGUUUGGAAGGGAAUUCUGCUACGCUGUGGAGGCAGCAUUCGUUACACCUGUACUCCUGAGCGUGGGCCUGCCCCGCAGCCUGUACAGCUUGGUGUGGCUGAUCAGCCCCAUCCUGGGCUUUCUGCUGCAGCCCGUCAUCGGCUCGGCCAGCGACUACUGCCGUUCGUCGUGGGGCAGGCGGAGACCUUACAUCCUGGCCCUGGGCAUCCUCAUGCUGCUGGGAAUCACCCUGUUCCUCAACGGAGAUGCUGUCAUCUCAGCACUAGUCAGCAACAGGUCAUUGAGGAGUAUAUGGGCCAUAGUGGUGGUGAUGUUCGGAGUCGUGCUGUUUGACUUCGCUGCAGACUUCAUCGACGGGCCCAUCAAGGCCUACCUGUUUGAUGUGUGUUCACAUCAAGACAAGGAAAGAGGUCUGCACUACCAUGCUCUACUCACAGGUUUGGGCGGUGCGUUCGGCUAUCUGGUUGGAGCUAUGGACUGGGGCCACUCUGUGUUGGGUCAGGUGCUGGGCUCCGAGUACCAAGUCAUCUUCUUCUUCUCAGCAUUCACAUGGGGCAUCUUCCUCACUGUGCACCUCUUCAGUAUUCCAGAGCAGCCUCUGGGCAAGGACCCGUUUGCCUCUGACCCUUCACCUUCCAGUGCCCUCCGCCUACUGGGCUCCCACAGCAAUGGUUACGGAGGGCUGGCUAAAGAGCCUGUCUCACCUCCAGUCCCUGCGUCCGUCCCAGACCUCAGGCCUCGGUCCUUCUCUGCUCUCGGAGAGGCCAACUCAGUGACCUCCAGUGCCAAGCAGCCAAACAAGGAGGCCCAGAAGAGGAUGACAUUCAGGUCGAUGAUGAAGACUAUCAUGAACAUGCCAAACCACUACCGCUACCUGUGUGUCAGUCACCUGCUGGGAUGGACGGCUUUCCUCUGCAACAUGCUCUUCUUCACAGACUUCAUGGGACAGAUUGUGUACAAUGGAAAUCCUUAUGCAGACCAUAACUCCACGGCCUACGCCACAUAUGAGAGAGGUGUAGAAGUAGGCUGCUGGGGACUGUGUAUUAAUGCUGUGUCCUCUGCUCUCUACUCCUACGUGCAGCGUUUCCUCCUCCCGUACAUCGGCCUGAAGGGAUUAUACUUUGUGGGCUACUUUGUAUUCGGCAUGGGCACCAGCCUGAUUGGCCUCUUCCCCAACACCAUCGCCACGCUCAUCCUCUGCACCGUAUUCGGGGUCAUGUCCAGCACGCUCUACACCAUCCCAUUCAACCUGAUAGCGGAGUACCAGUGGGAAGAAGAGGAACAGCUGAAGCUGCGAGGAAGCAUUGUAAGUCAGCGAGGCUCCGGGGUGGACUGUGCCGCCCUCACCUGCAUGGUCCAACUGGCUCAGAUCAUUGUCGGUGCGGGUCUAGGAGCUCUGGUCAACAUGGCAGGAAGUGUAAUCGUGGUGGUGCUUUCGGCCUCGACCGUGUCCCUGUUCGGCUGCAUCUUCAUCGCUCUCUAUAUCAGAAAUGUGGACUAA